AUCGUUCAGUCGAACAUAUCCGUUUAGCGCGAUCGCUCGGGAGCAUACCGUGUGCGUUAAAAAAGCACACCUCCCACUAGUAGUGGUUAGUCGUAGUUUGCAGAAACAGUAUUUGUUAAAUAUACAUACAUAUAUUUAAAUAUAUAUAUUUAAAUAUUCAUUAUAUUAUAAUAUUAACUACGUAUAUUGAUAUAUAUUUAUUAUAUUAUAUACGGAUAAAAUAAAUUGUAUGUAUCUAUGUGUUUGUAUCUAUCUAUAUAGAUUAAAAAUAAACGUAAAUGACGGAUUAAUCGGGUAGUCGCCAAUCACGUAAUAUUGUAAAUAUUUUCAGUAAUAAAUAAAAAAUUAAGCUAGAAGAUAAUCGUCGUGUGAGUGGUGUGGUGUCUUCAUCGAUCAACCGUGGUCGUCUACGAUUUAGUAGUUUAACUAUUUAAUCUUGUCACUGCCGCCGUCUUAGUCACCGCUGUGUUUUCAUCCCUCAUCCGUGUAAUUUACGCAAAUAAACAUUAAAGUUCCAAUUGUUAACAAUACUACCGGUGAUCUGUGCGUACGCGUUGUUACAGUGCCCGCGACAACUGCUCAUUCAUUUAUUUAUAAGUUGUCGACGAAACUUAGUGGUAGUUUAAAAAAUAUGGAAUCGCAAAGCCAAGAAGCAGUCACAGUAGCCGCUGAGGUUCCCAAUGACCCGGGAAAAAUGUUCAUCGGCGGUCUCAGUUGGCAAACAAGUCCAGAAUCGUUAAGAGAAUACUUUAGUAAAUUUGGAGAAAUAACUGAAGUCAUGGUGAUGAAAGAUCCAACCACUCGUCGUUCAAGCCGUGUUGCUGUAGCUGAUCAGCCUGCCGGGAACGAAAACGAGCUGAAAUAUGUGUCAAGAGGCUUUGGAUUCGUUACGUUUGCCGAUCCAGCCAGUGUAGACAAAGUACUCGCUCAGGGUUCACAUGAAUUGGAUGGCAAAAAAAUUGAUCCAAAAGUUGCUUUCCCGCGACGAGCACAUCCAAAAAUGGUGACGCGAACGAAAAAGAUCUUUGUGGGCGGACUCUCAGCACCUACAACGUUAGAAGACGUCAAAAACUACUUCGAACAGUUUGGGCCGAUUGAAGAUGCCAUGUUAAUGUUCGACAAACAAACAAAUAGACAUAGAGGAUUCGGUUUCGUGACGUUUCACUCGGAAGACGUCGUAGAUAAAGUCUGUGAAAUACAUUUCCACGAAAUCAACAGUAAAAUGGUGGAGUGCAAAAAGGCACAACCAAAAGAAGUCAUGUUGCCAGCGAACCUGGCGAAAACGCGUGCAGCGGGCCGUGGCACAUACGAUUUCAUGUGGCCACUGGGAACCUUGCCCGAUGGUUUUCCAGCGGCUGCGUACGCUGCAUAUGCCUCCAGUCGAGGUUUCUCUGGUUACCCUAGUUUCGGACUUUCAUAUCCAGCAGGGGUCGCUAUAAUUGGGACCAGACCUCGUUGCGGUAUUACUCCGGCUCAAUGCCAUAACGUUGAUCUGACAAUUAACGGCCAGUUAACCACAAACAAUAACACACCGCUGCUAACACAAGCCCUUUCAGUGAUGAGCAAUUACCACCAUCAGGCGGCUGCUGUCGCGGCACAAGGUUUUGGGCCUCCAGCUUCACCACACACCGGCGGCCCCGGCAAUCCUCGGGGCACCGCUUUCCCGCCGGCAACGUCACCCGGCCCUGGCGCCCCGUCCACCAUGGACCUGUACAGCUCAAAUCCGGCCGAUUAUGUGCAGGCAGCGUCGCCGCAACCGUCCGCGUUCCCCGCGAUCGCCGUCUCACGUGCGCCCAUUAAUUACAAUCCUGUAGGGACCUUUGAUUCCGGCCGCUUUUACCAAUGGGUACCAUUAAACAACGCUAGAGUCAACAAAUUUCUUCCAUCGUAAGGUUGACCGAUAUUAAUGUCCCCUAUGCAUGUGAAUGAUUGGAUAAUUCACAACUAUCACCAGAGAUACAAAAUGUCUCAAUCACUCUUACUUACACCAAAGGUUUUAUUUCUCAAUAAUACUAUUUAUAAUAAUCGUAUCUAUAUAAUAAAUUAUAAUUAUAAUGAUAAAAAAAAAACAUGUUUUAUUAUAUUAAUAACGAUUAUAUUAUGAUAACAAAAAAAUUAUGUUUAAGAAUAACGAUAAAGAAAAAAAAAACAUUAUAUAUUAUAUUAUUAUUAUGAUAAUUAACUACUCGUUUGUUUUUAGGGUAUUUAUUAUUGUAUAUAAACAAUAAGUAAACCCAAGUACGUGUAAAUUUUAAUAUUAACUUUAUAAUUGUAUAAUUAUUAUUAUUGUAAUAACUUACCUACCUAAUAUAAUUAUAAUACCUCAACGACUAAUCAAACAAUUUAAACGAAAAAAAUACUGUACGUCGCUCUUAAAAUUAAACGUCUUUAAAAAUACAGUCAAUAAAAACAAUAUUGUUAUAAUUUUAAGUAAUGCAUAACGUUAAGAUCUCAUAUUUUAUCAGAACGGCUAUAGAUGAAUAUAAACAAAACGUGUUUAAUAAUCUAAACUAUUUAUUUGGUUAUUUGACAUGAAGUCGAUGUUUUAUUAAUAUUAUAACAUUUUUGUUUAUCUGUUGGUAUACAAACAAUUCUUGAAAUAUAAAAUUCAAAAAAGUUAUAGUCCUUUAAUAAAAAUUUGUUACUAACUACUAAUUCGAACAAUAUAAAUAAGUAUCUAUAAUAUAACAUAAUAUUAUCAAUAAGACGUACCAAAAAUAAUUUGGUCAACUCUGUAUUUUUAUGAUCUAGUCAUUUGCUAACGUAUUUUUAUGAUUAGAGAAUGUGAAUAUUCGUUUAUUGAUCGAUGACAGGCAGAUACAUAAUAAUAUGUUAAAUUCUAACGGGUAAUUUUUUUUUUUUUUGACAAUAUAUGAAUUUUUAUAGUGUAUAUUAUAAAAAUGGGCCACAAUAUUUAAAAAUAUUUGAAUAUAAUUAAAUUAAUACAAUUCUCAAAUAAAUAUAAAUUUGUUAAGUACAUUUUUUGUUUUUAUUGCUACUUUAUUAACGGUAAUAAUGACAUUUGAUUUUUAACGAACAACAUUAUUACUAUUAUUAAUCUAAUCGACUAUUAUGUUUGUUAUGUAUUUUUAAAAUUAUUCUUUGCCAUUAUAUUAUUUUGUUUUGUUUUUUGUUUGUUAUCAAACUAUUUAAUUAAAUAUAAUUGUUGUUAAAAUAUUAUUGUUAUUACGGUUUAAACUCUUAUCAUUGAAUUAUUAAAAAAAAAACUUAUGGUAUAAUUACUAAAAUUCCCAUAUUUAAUUAUAUCUAAUUUAUUUAAAAUUAUUAUAAAUUCUCCUUGUUAUUUUUGGUUGUGUAUUUUUGUUUCGUUAAUUUAAAAAAUAUUAAUUAUAGUUUUUUUUUUUACCAUUUUUCACUCUGGUAGAAACAUAUAAAAUAUCAUUAUAAAUAUUAUAUAAACACACAUUUAAUAAUAAAUCAGCAAUUAUUAAUGUGAAUUAUGAUUUUCGUAAUCGUGACAAUUUAUUGUUCAAUAAAAAUUUUACUCUAAGAGAUACCAAUAUUAUUUUUUCCCGAACACAUCAUGUCAUGGUUAGAGUUUAGUAUAAAUUAAUAAUUAAGUAAUUCAAAACACAUUUUGAGUUGAAAAUAUUAUUUCUUUGUGUUUUGAACGGCCUUAUACAGUGUGACAGGGUAAUGUACUGUAAUAAAAGAAAAUUUUCAAUAAAUCAAUUGAUAUGAAAGUGAAAAAGGAUAAACUGUGACCAAUAAUAAUAAAAUUCUUGAAAUUAUUUUCAAUCCGUAAAUAUUACAAUAUAAGAAAAAUAUUUAGUCGAUACAACCAAUUUCUAUUAACAUUUUUAAACAUUUUUCAAUCAGUAUGAUUAAAAAAUGUAAUAAAUCGUUUCUAUACCUUAGAAAACUUAAAUUCAUAAACACAAAUUACUUUUGAAAAAAUUGUGUUAUUUGGCAUAAUUCUUAAAUCAAUGCUUUCAUUAGAAUACUUCAUUCGGGUAUCUAAUUCUAAAAUGUUUAAACUAUGUUUUUUCUAUGUUAAAAUUUUUGGGAUUUGCGUGUUAUUUUGAGUGGCAAUGAAUCUUCUAAACAUUCCUAAUCGAAUAAAUCUAGGAUCCAUAAAAAAAUACAACCACUUAAUUAUCAAUUAAAAAAAAAUUAUACUGUUAUAUUUGUCACAACGCUAUCCCAUAUUCAGCAAAACUGUGUUCAUUGUAAAUAAAAUUAUUUCUAAAUUGAAUAAAAUUAAUAGUCAUUAUUUAUUGUACUUAUUGUUAAUUACAUAUUAUUAUUUGAUUAAUUAAUGUGUAAAUAUUUUCUUAAAUUUAAUUAAUUAAUUAUUAUAUUAAAAUUUUUAAUGCUAAUUUACAAUCGUAGGAUUGUUCAUGUUUUUAAAUCUUAAUUAUUAUUUACUAUCAUUACAUUUGACGCUAAUAAAAUACAAAAUGGUAAUUUUUAAUAUAAAUUAAUUAUAAGUUAAAGUAGAAAUAAUUUUAAAAUAAUAAUUAGAUACCUAUACACGUUUGUAGUAUUGUGGUUCAAUAGAAGUCGUUCUUGUUUGCUCUAUGAUUGCUUUUGAUUAUUAAUUUACACUCAUAAGGAAUUUUGUUUUAUUAUUAAAUUAUAAUUGUUUUUUAAUAACAUGUGAUAUUCAUAUUAACAUUACGUAAGACUAAUAAUAUGUAAUAAAAAUUUGCAAUUGCCUUUAAUAUGGUAGACAAAUAUAAAAGUGAUUUGAAAGUGUAUACUUUUUCGGUAUCUUUGCCCCGAAUGGAAUUUAAAACAUAUUGUAAUGAUAAUAUUAAUAAUAAUAAUAUUUUUUUUUAUUGUGAGUUUGAAUGAUUUUAACCAUUUUUUUUUUUAUUGUUAUGUAAUUUUUAUUUGAAUUUUCAAUUCCAUUGUAUAAUACUUAACAAAAUGAUCAUAAGUUUAUAAACAUGAAAUGAGAUAAGCUCAAUAUUUGUUUUUUUAUAAUGUAUUUUAACUUUUAAUUUUAUGUUCAAAUAGAACCCUAUUCCCUCCCAAUUUUCUGAUAAAAUUUUCUGUCAUAAUAUUUUAUAAUAUGUAUUUAUAGAUAAAUUGAUUAAUUUUUUUUAUUCAACGAUAUUAUGUGAAACUUGAUAAUAAUAUUGACGGGAUUCUGUAUCUCUGUCUAGUAACAGUGGCAAUUCAAUACCAUAUCAAAACUAAACAUUAAUGACAAUGUUUAGUAAAUUAUUAUGGCAAUAAUUAGCGUAGUGUACACAUUUUUAGUUUACACAUUUUAUAUAUACACAUAUAAAUAUAUACAUAUAUAUAUAUGUAUACAAUUUGUUGUCAACAAAAUAUAACAAUAAUAUAAUAUGUUAUACUGCAAUAAGAUUCUGUGAUUUUGGUGUGAAACUGUGAUGUUCCGGUGUUUUUAACAAUUUAGUCAGAUUUUGAUUUAUUAUGAUCUUUUUACAAGUAUUCUUUUAUUAAUUUCACACAAUUUUUUUAAGAAUAUUUGUUAAUGUAUGUUAAUAUUUUUUUAUAAUAUUUAAAAUUCACAUUAAACUGGAAUUUUUUUUUUUUCAAAAUUGCCUCCAGUUUCAAUACUAUAAAAUAAAUAACAAUUAUUUUUGUUAAGUCUACGAGCAAAAUUUAUACAAUUUUUAAUAUUAAAAAUUACUAAAUAUAAGCUAUUACAUUUAUGGGCUUCAUAGGUUUGAAAAUAAAGUAACACGAAUCAUGAAAACAAGACAAAAACUUACUUAUGUUUGUCAUAUUGUAUUAUUGUUAACCUUAAAUGAAUAAUAAUUCAUUAUUUAUUAAUUAUAAUGAGCACUUAGCAAGUAAAUCUACAAAAAUCCACUAAUAUAUUUUUAUUAGUUUUUAAAAUUUCAUUCAAUUCUUUGUGUUAACAGUUCACACCCAACACAUUUUCUUACGAAAAAAAUUUUACUUAAAAUUAAUCACUUGAACAAAUUAUAAAAUAUACACAUGUAUUAUGUAAAUAUAUAUGUGUGUGUGUAUGUAUAUACGGAUAUGUAUUUCAUUAUUAUAACAUAGCUGUACGUAAAUUGUAACAAAUAAAUUAUCUAAAGCUUAUUUCUUUUCAUACUCAAUGAGAAUACAAUGCUUAAUAUAGUUUUAAAUACAAACAACCUUAAAUGAUAUAAUUAUGAUAUUAUAAUAAAUACUUUUGUACAAAAUGUAUUAUGUAUAUAUAAUUUAUACAUAUUUAUAUAAAUAUAUAUCUACUUUAAAGUUGCUUA